CAACUACUCAAUUAGCAGCUCAUUACAAGCCUGUUGUGGAGUCGCGAGUGUGUGUGAUUCAUCACGUCGCUGCUUAACGACGUCAUACAAAGAAGAAAACCCCGGGACAAGAUCGCUGAAUCAACUUGAUCAGACAUAAACUGGCUGUAGGCCUACACACAGCCGACGGAGGACUCGGGCAGUCAUGUCAGACAACGCCGGUUGCGAGUUUGAAAUCGACGUAGAGAGCCUGGAGACAGAGAGCGACGACCAGGCAGACUCCUGCAGCCGCCCCGGGUCGGCGCCGCUCGGAGAGGACGAAGCAGAGGGCGGGAAGGGCGACGACAAGCUGGCCCCCAGCGGCAUGGGGGAACAGAGGAGGCUCAGCCGGACGCCGAAGUGCGCCCGCUGCCGAAACCAUGGCGUGGUGUCCUGCCUGAAGGGACACAAGCGCUUCUGCCGCUGGAGGGACUGCCAAUGCGCCAACUGCCUGCUGGUGGUGGAGAGGCAGCGGGUGAUGGCGGCGCAGGUGGCCCUGAGGAGGCAGCAAGCAACGGAGGAUAAGAAAGGAAUAUCUGGGAAACACAUUCCAGCAGAGAGGAGGACGAUAUAUCAGCGACACAUUCGACCGUCCACCAUGCUCGCCAAAAGCAUCCUCGAAGGAUACCGUCCGGUGCAGUGUGAUCCAUACAUGCCAGCCGGCCCGUCCCUCCCCCCGCCGCUGAGCGAUCGCAUGAGGAAGAGGAGGGCCUUCGCCGACAAGGAGCUGGAAUCCAUCAUGCUGGAGCGGGAGUACAAAGAGCGAGAGUUGCUGGAGAACAGCCAGGCAGCCUCGCUCAUCUUCCCUAACAGCAUGGCCCACCACACCGCAGAGUACAACUACAAGACAGCUUACUCGCCCGCAGGUCAGGUUGAACCCCAGCCCAAAGAGCUGUGCAACUUCCUGGGCCCUAACUGCCUGGAUCUGUCCAUGCAGUACCCCGCCGGCUCCGCCAACGUGGAGCUCAUCGCCUCCAACGUCAGCGUAGCCACCACCUAUCGCCACUACCCGCUGCAGCCCUCGCGAGGGGGCUUCAUGAUGUGGCCCCGUGGUGCAGCCAACCUGGGCGAUGCCCUGCUCUACCAGCAGUGCCUCUUCAAUGCCACGGCGGUGCAGAACAUGAAGCCAGGUGCAAUGUGGGAGCCCAAGGUUAUGCCUGACGAGAGCCAUCCGUCAGAGCAGGAGGCUGCGGCUGCUCUCGCCGCUAAAGUGGAAGGAUCCCGAGCAGCUGCGGCGCAGGACUCAGCAGACCCUCAACGGGCUGAUCCCAAAGCCCCCGGUGUCACGCAGAGGGAGUGCUCAGCCUUCUCUCCACCCAAUAGGAGCUUCGGACAGUCCUUCCCCAACAACUCUCAUUCCCAAAACUCCAGCCAAGUCCUGAACAAGCUGAGCAAGGACAACGCUAAGCUUUCUGUGAAACUCAACUCCUUUCACUCGCUCAUCCAGCACUCGCUGAGUGAGAAAAGCGGCGGCGGUGCCGGGCUGGAGCUCAGGGCUCCAUACUGCAAAGAGCUCUUAGAGGAGGCCGCCCGAAAAUUCAGGGAGGGCUCCGCCAAAGACAUUCAGGCUGUGAAAAUCAGCAACAGGUACGCUAAAGACUUUCUGUCCAAGCCUGUGGGGACCAAGAUGGCAUCCAGUGAGUCUUUGUCCUUCUCUGUGGAGGCCAUACUGAAGAGACCCGCGCCUGCCAUGAGUCGAGCAUUCCAUUAAUUUCCCCUUUUCUUGCACUAUAAUGGUCAGGUUUGUCUCAGCUAGAGGGUCAAACUAAAUCCUGAACCCCGGCACUGCAUUAGAAACUAGACCAGCUAGAACAUUGUUUUCCCUAAUGUAAUAUUUAUGUACAGUAUAUUAUAUUUUACAUGUGCAUGUUUUAAUAACUUUAUUAUGUAGAGUAUUUAAACAUUAUCCCAACG